AUGAAAGAGAGGCAUGAGCAAUGGAUGACUCAGUAUGGAAAAGUUUACACGGACUCUUAUGAGAAAGAAUUGCGGUCCAAUAUAUUCAAAGAAAACGUUCAACGCAUAGCCUUUAACAAUGCUGGAAACAAGCCUUACAAGCUAGGCAUCAACCAAAUUGCUGAUCUCACAAAUGAGGAAUUCAAAGCCAGAAACAGAUUCAAGGGUCACAUGUGCUCCAAUUCAACAAGGACACCAACAUUCAAGUAUGAAGAUGUGUCUUCAGUGCCCGCUUCAUUAGAUUGGAGACAGAAAGGAGCUGUCACACCUAUUAAGGACCAAGGCCAAUGUGGAUGUUGCUGGGCAUUUUCUGCUGUGGCAGCCACAGAAGGAAUCACCAAGUUGAGUACCGGAAAAUUGAUCUCUUUAUCAGAGCAAGAGCUAGUUGAUUGUGACACAAAGGGUGUGGACCAAGGUUGUGAAGGGGGUCUAAUGGAUGAUGCCUUCAAAUUUAUCAUGCAAAACAAAGGACUCAACACGGAAUCCAAGUACCCAUACAAGGGUGUUGAUGCAACAUGCAAUGCAAAUGCAGAAGCCAAAGAUGCAGCAAGCAUUAAGGUUGAGGAUGUCCCUGCCAACAGUGAGAGUGCACUGCUCAAAGCUGUUGCUAAUCAACCUAUUUCUGUGGCUAUUGAUGCUAGUGGAUCCGAGUUUCAAUUUUAUUCUAGUGGUGUCUUCACUGGAUCAUGUGGCACUGAGUUGGAUCAUGGUGUCACUGCUGUAGGGUAUGGAAGUGAUGGUGGAACCAAAUAUUGGUUGGUCAAGAAUUCAUGGGGAGAACAGUGGGGCGAACAAGGAUACAUUAGGAUGCAGAGAGAUGUUGCUGCUGAAGAAGGCUUGUGGGGCAUUGCAAUGCAAGCUUCUUACCCCACUGGCAUAAUGUUAAAUUUUCUACUAAACUACAUGUAA